UAUAUAUAUAUAUAGAGAGAGAGAGAGUGAGUUUCCAUUUGAGAGAUUUAGAGAGAGAGAGAGAGUGAGAAAAUGGAGAAAGGCUCCGUGAACACGAAAACGGAUAACAAAAAAGCCUCCUCCAUGGAGGUGGUCCAGAAAGCGGCGGCUCCGGCGUCGGCGUCGGCGUCGGCGUCGCGGCUGUGGAAGAUCGUAAUGGUGGCGGCGAUCGCGGCGGGGGUCCAGUUCGGGUGGGCCCUACAGCUGUCCCUACUCACCCCCUACAUCCAGCUGCUGGGGAUCCAGCACAAGUUCGCCUCCUUCAUCUGGCUCUGUGGGCCCAUCUCCGGCAUGGUCGUCCAGCCCCUCGUCGGUUACUACAGCGACAACUGCACCUCCCGCUUCGGCCGCCGCCGCCCCUUCAUCGCCGCCGGCGCCUCCCUCGUCACCAUUGCCGUUAUCCUCAUCGGCUUCGCCGCCGACAUCGGCCAUGCCUCCGGCGACUCCCUCGGCAAAGGCUCUAAGCCCCGUGCCAUUGCCGUUUUCGUCGCCGGCUUCUGGAUUCUCGACGUCGCAAAUAACAUGCUACAGGGCCCAUGUAGAGCGCUGUUGGCGGAUCUGUCCGGUGGGAGGGCGAAGAGAAUGAGAACGGCGAACGCUUUAUUCUCGUUUUUCAUGGCGGUCGGGAAUGUGCUGGGCUACGCCGCCGGCUCAUACUCUCGACUCUAUAAGAUCUUCCCCUUUACUAAGACCAAAGCCUGCGACGUCUACUGCGCCAAUCUGAAGAGCUGUUUCUUCAUCUCCGUCACGCUGUUGCUCUCCAUAACCACCUUGGCCUUGACGACGGUGCGGGAGAGCGAGCUGGGGAAAGAGGUAGACGACGACGAAGACGACGAGAAGGCGGAGGAGACGGAGAAGCCGGCGAAGGUGCCGUUCUUCGGCGAGAUCGCGGGGGCCUUCAAGGACCUGCCGAGGCCAAUGUGGAUGCUCCUCCUCGUCACGUUCUUCAACUGGCUCGCCUGGUUCCCCUUCCUGCUCUACGACACCGACUGGAUGGCCAAGGAGGUCUACGGCGGCGAGGUCGGCGACGGCGGCCUCUACGACCGCGGAGUCCACGCCGGCGCGCUGGGGCUCCUGCUCAACUCCGUCGUCCUCGGCUUCAUGUCGCUCGGCGUCGAGCUCCUGGCUCGGCGCCUCGGCGGCGUUAACAAGCUCUGGGCCGGCGCCAACUUCAUCCUCGCGAUUUGUUUGGGCAUGACGGUUUUGGUCACCAAAUUGGCGAGGAAAUCGGAGAGGCAUGACCUCCACGGCAACUCCCUCGGCCCCACCGGCGGCGCCAAAGCCGGAGCUUUGCUCAUCUUUUCCGUUCUCGGAAUUCCUCAAGCAGUGACUUUCAGUAUCCCAUUCGCUUUGGCAUCAAUUUUCUCAAGUAAUGCAGGUGCAGGACAAGGUCUCUCACUUGGAGUCCUAAAUCUUGCAAUUGUCGUUCCUCAGAUGUUGGUGUCAGUGGUGGUUGGACCCUGGGACGCACUGUUUGGCGGCGGCAAUUUGCCGGGAUUCGUGGCGGCGGCGGUUGCGGCGGCGAUAAGCGGAGUAUUUGCCAUCACACUGCUUCCAUCUCCUCCUCCGGAUGCCAAGGCUACAGUACCUGCUGGUGGUUUUCAUUAAAUGAGAAGCUGGGGAAAAAAUUCCCCUUUUUUUCUUUUUAAACUUUGGUCUUUUUUUUUUUUUUUUUUUUGCCUUAAAUAGAGCCUAAGAAUAUAGGCUCAUGAAGUUCCCUUAGGCGUCUCUAGUUGAUGCCUAUCUGCAAGCUUGUUUAUUUAGCUGCUCCUAAGGAAUUGUAGUGUGUAAGAACUAAGAAGUGUAUUUUAUGUCCAGUCAAGAAUGAAGAUUUCUGUUUAAGGUUUUCA